UGCAAACUCCUCCCUCUACGGGAAACCUCACAUUGAAAUGCUGCAAAUAACUGGGGCCCCGCGUGCAGUCGCGUCAGGGCCGCGCGAAGCCCGGGUUUCCAGAGCGGACACAGAGGACAGCAGCCCGGCCCGGGGCGUGACAGGCAGAGGCUGGGAACAUGAGGCUCGCGGGCUGCGGGCUGCGCUGGGCCGUCGCCCUGCUCAUCGCUGCGACGGCGGGUGCAGUGGAAGACAAAUGUGGGAGAAAUGAGUUCCAGUGCCGAGAUGGGAAAUGCAUCUCCUACAAGUGGGUUUGCGACGGGAGCGCUGAGUGCCAGGACGGCUCCGAUGAGUCCCAGGAGAUGUGCAUGUCUGUCACCUGCAAGACGGGGGACUUCAGCUGUGGGGGUCAUGUCAACCGCUGCAUUCCUGAGUCCUGGAGAUGCGACGGCCAGCUGGACUGCGAGAACGGCUCAGACGAGGAAAGCUGUCCCCCCAAGACGUGCUCCCAGGACGAGUUCCGCUGCAAUGACGGCAAGUGCAUCGCCCCGAAGUUCGUCUGCGACUCGGACCUGGACUGCUUAGACGGCUCAGACGAGGUGUCCUGCCCCGUGCCCACCUGCGGCCCUGCCAGCUUCCAGUGCAACAGCACCACUUGCAUCCCCGAGCUCUGGGCCUGCGACGGCGACCCCGACUGCGAAGACGGCUCGGACGAGUGGCCGCAGCACUGUGGGGACCCCCAGCCGUCGGUCCCCGCAUGGGACAACAACCCCUGCUCAGCUCUCGAGUUCCACUGCCGCAGCGGCGAAUGCAUCCACUCCAGCUGGCACUGCGACCACGACCCCGACUGCAAGGACAAGUCUGACGAGGAGAACUGUGCCGUGGCCACCUGCCGGCCUGACGAGUUCCAGUGCUCGGAUGGGACCUGCAUCCACGGCAGCCGGCAGUGCGACAGGGAGUAUGAUUGUAAGGACCUGAGCGACGAGCUGGGCUGCAUCAAUGUGACUCUGUGUGAGGGACCCAACAAGUUCAAGUGCCAAAGCGGCGAGUGCAUCUCCCUGGACAAAGUGUGCAACUCAGUCAGGGACUGCCGGGACUGGUCGGAUGAACCCCUCAAGGAGUGCGGGACCAACGAGUGUCUGGACAACAAGGGCGGCUGCUCCCACAUCUGCAACGACCUCAAGAUCGGCUAUGAGUGCCUGUGUCCUGAGGGUUUCCGGCUGGUGGACAAGCACAGAUGUGAAGAUAUCGAUGAGUGUCAGGACCCCGACGCCUGCAGCCAGCUCUGCGUGAACCUCGAGGGCAGCUACAAGUGCCAGUGUGAGGAGGGCUUCCAGCUGGAGCCCCUCACCAAGGCCUGCAAGGCCGUGGGCACCAUCGCCUACCUCUUCUUCACCAACCGCCACGAAGUGAGGAAGAUGACUCUGGACCGCAGCGAGUACGCCAGCCUCAUCCCCAACCUGAAGAACGUGGUCGCCCUGGACACGGAGGUGGCCAGCAACAGAAUCUACUGGUCUGACCUGUCCCAGAAGAAGAUCUACAGCGCCCAGAUCAACAGAGCCCCCAGCUUCUCUUCCUACGACACUGUCAUCAGCGAGGAUCUCCAGGCCCCCGACGGGCUGGCAGUGGAUUGGAUCCACAGCAACAUAUACUGGACGGACUCCAUCCUGGGCACCGUGUCAGUGGCCGACACCAAGGGUGUGAAGAGGAAGACGCUCUUCCAAGAGGAAGGCUCCAAGCCACGGGCCAUCGUGGUGGAUCCCGUCCACGGCUUCAUGUACUGGACGGACUGGGGAACCCCCGCCAAGAUCAAGAAGGGGGGCCUGAAUGGCGUGGACGUUUACUCGCUGGUGACGGAGGACAUCCAGUGGCCCAAUGGCAUCACCCUGGAUCUUUCCAGCGGCCGCCUGUACUGGGUCGACUCCAAGCUGCACUCCAUCUCCAGCAUUGAUGUCACCGGGGGCAACCGGAAGACCGUGCUGGAGGACGAGAAGAAGCUGGCGCACCCCUUCUCCUUGGCCAUCUUUGAGGAUAAAGUAUUUUGGACGGAUAUUGUCAAUGAAGCCAUUUUCAGUGCCAACCGCCUCACGGGCUCGGACAUUAAUUUGAUGGCAGAAAACCUGCUGUCUCCAGAGGACAUCGUCCUUUUCCACAACCUCACGCAGCCGAGAGGGGUGAACUGGUGUGAGAGGACUGCCCUCCGCAACGGUGGCUGCCAGUACCUGUGUCUGCCAGCCCCGCAGAUCAACCCCCACUCGCCCAGGUUCACCUGUGCCUGCCCUGACGGCACACUGCUGGCCAAGGACAUGAGAAGCUGCCUUGCAGAGACUGAACCUGCAGUGACCACCUGGAGGCCCUCCACGGUCAACUCGACAACUGUGGGGCCGAAGCGCACAGCCAGUCCUGAGCUCACCACGGCAGAGUCAGUGACGAUGUCCCAACAAGUCCUGGCUGAUGUUGCCGGCCGAGCGGACGCGGAGAGGCCCCAGGGCGUGGGUGCUCUGUACAUCGUCCUCCCAAUCGCGCUGCUCAUCCUCCUGUGCUUCGGGACCUUCCUCCUCUGGAAGAACUGGCGGCUUAAGAGCAUCAACAGCAUCAACUUUGACAACCCUGUGUACCAGAAGACCACGGAGGACGAGGUCCACAUCUGCCGCAGCCAGGAUGGCUACACCUACCCCGCGAGACAGAUGGUCAGCCUAGAGGAUGACGUGGCGUGAGCUGCUGCCUCGAGUCCCGUCCCUUCCCGGAACCUGCCACUGGUCACUCGCUGGCAGGAAGAACACUUUCUCCCCGGACCCUUGACCUGCCCCAAACCCUUCCUGAGACCUCGGCGCCAAAAGCAGUGCUGGUGGCUGCAGCUCCGGCGCCCGUCUGCCUUGUCUGCCAAAGCUUUGUUUUAUAUAUUUAUUUGUUUGGGAGGCAGAACAGGCUUCCGACAGCGCCCACGGAACGGGUUUGGGUUGCAUUUUUUCUUUCUUUCUUUACGCUGAAAGGAAAAGAGGAGGAAGGCGGACGAGCUGGGGGAUGUUUCCGAGCUUCUCUCCUCCUUGACGUGCUCUUCCCCCGAGGGAAUGAUGGACGGAGGGACAUGGAGCGGGAAAGCUAGUGGCUUUGAACGCACCAGAGCAGUUGCUACCAACAGGGUCCCGGGUAGCUGCUGCUUCACCUGCCCUCUAGCUCGAGCCCCACACUCAGGACUGAACGUGUUUACCUCUGCCUGCCGAGCCUGAUGGGAUGGCCAGAGUUGGCCUUUGCUCUGCCACCCACAGGUCAGGAUCAAACUAGGGUUUUCCAAGCUGGGUUUGCCCUCCCCUUAUGCUGGGGAAGGGCCCCUGGUGAUGGCUGGAUCCAGCCUUCUGGGGGUGGCACCCGCUGAGCCCUAUUCAUUCACCAAAAUCCCGGCCAUCCCCAGGGAAAACCUGAGCCACCCGUCACCCUUAAUAUGUAUUAAGUGCCUGAGACCCCAUUGCCUUGUGCGUGAAGGUAGGUGGCUCCGACCUCUAACUGUGUCCCUCUGUCUGGGUGUGGGUGUCGGGACCCCAGCCCUGCCCCUGGCACUUUUUCAGUUUAGUUGUACACUGUGUAAAGUCGACAGUCUAUUAUUAUUUUGCACUGCUUUCCGUUCUGGUUCUGUUCUGGCUGGAGAGAGUCCAGGUCGGUGAUGGUGCGGACCUGGCCCCUCUCCCAGCACGUAGGGAGACGUGCGUGAGGAGGAAAGGGUCGGCUUGAUCACGACUUCAAAGCCAAGAUCAAGAUCGAGACUAUCUGGCUAGUGUUUCCACUUCUGUGCAGAUGCCCCCGAGCCGUUCAUUUCCCCAAUAAGCUGGUCGUGGUUGGCGGGGGAUCCAUCUGAAACGUGCAUGGCAGGUCCGCCCUGUAGGAUAUGCUCCUGGCUCGGGCAUUAUGCGGGACUUAUUAAACAAGAACGCUUUCUGGAAUUGACACACGUAUCGCAUUUAUGACCACAGAGCCGGGGGGGGGGGGUCAGCCUCCCACGGAGACUCUCUGAGGGGACUGUCUGCUGUACAACCACAGAACACGGCGGCCCUGCAGGAGGCUGUGAAGACCUUUUCUCUUUCUGAAGCAUGUAAAUAGAUCCCCGGGCAGACAAUGGGAGCUUUUUGUUAUGUUUGCACUUUGUAUAUUUGUUGAAACAUUUAUCACUUAUAUGUAUAUAAAAAAAGAUCUAUUUAUUUUUGCAAACCCUGGUUGCUGCAUUGGGGGAAACUGUCUCUGAGACGCCUCGUCUUUCUGUACAAAAAGAUUAUUCGCACGUGCUGUGCGCAACGCUCUUCAGGAGAAUCAGGUCUGUGUUGUAUAUAUGGGUUGCUUUUCCGGGAUGGGUAUUGCUUUUUAAACCACUGUAUAGAAUGUUUUUAUAGCCUGAAUGUCUCACUGUGAUCGAUUAAAUUUCUUAAAGUA